CUGGAGCAACAUCGCAGUGGCAAAAGCUCACCUAUCCAGCACAGUUACACGAAGCUGCAGGCGUUUGUACGAUCAAUCUGUCGUUUCCACGUUGAUCCUAAAGCGGCGACGCAUAAAUCUUGGCCACUCACCACUGCUACUCACCACUGCAUCAUGCUUGCGGCGCGCGCGCUGCGCCGCCAAGCGCCACGAGGAACGCGCUCGAUCGGCUACAAGCGCGUCUUAGUGGUGGUCAAGUUCACGCCCUACGAGGCCUACACUCAAUUAAAACUGCAGGGCAAGGCGCCCAAAGCAUUACGGUGGGAGCGCCUCAAGGAGCGCCACGCGAACCACCAGGCGUGCGUCGAGCAGGUCGUGUCCGUCGCGAAGCGGGAAGCCGAUAGCGUCACCGUCGUUUCUAGAGAUGCGCUGUCGAGGCAUCAUGUGGAUGAUGAUGUCGAUUUGCUCAUCUCGGUGGGCGGCGACGGCACGGUCCUAUCUUCUGCGCACUUCGUCGACUCGCAGUCCUCUGACGAGCCGCGGGGCCCCGUCGUUUUAGGCGUGAACUCGGACCCGACGCGCGCGCACGAGCGGUUGGGCGCGUGUUCGCGAACGUCGGACGAACGACGGUCGUUGGGCGCUUUAUGUUUUGCAUCGGCUCGUAAUCUCGAGGACGUCGUGCCGCGCGCUAUUCGAGGGGAGCUCGACGCGGCGAUCCAGAAGAGGCACCGCCUGGCUGUUACAAUAAGAGGCUCGCUGUCGGAGACGCGCAUGCCGCCAGCGCUCAACGACAUCCUCGUGGCUCACCCGUCGCCGGCGGCGGUGUCGCGGUUCCGCUUGGAUCGGCUCCGGAACGACUUCUGCCCUUCUCCAGACGACCCCGACGAGUUCUCGUUUAAUGUGUGGUCUUCGGGUCUGUGGGUGUCGACGCCUACCGGUGCCACCGGUGUGAUGGCUUCUGCCGGGGGUGAUAUGGGUGUGGACGUGAACUCCAGGGAUCUGCAGUACUUGGUGAGAGAGCACCUGGUAGGCGAGAACGACGACGUGGCCUUUGUCCGGGACAAGUCCCACGGCUUCGUGGACGAGGAGCACCACUUGAAGGUGCGGUGGAACAGCCAGCACGGUAGGGUGUAUAUCGACGGCCACCACACGGCCUUCGACCUGGAGCUGGGGGACCAGGUCCUCGUGUCGAGCCACGCGGCGCCCUUGCGGAUCUUUUCCAACGUCGUUUAAUGUUUUACUAAG